CGAUGCAAACGAGGUAUUAGACUCAGCAGGGGAUGCGCAGACUCUGCGCCCAGAGCAUGCGUGACUCUGUUGUCUGUUCCGGCUGCGGUCAAGCAGUUUGCUUUACUCAGACAGGGUAUGCGCGCAGACUCGCGUAUUUUGACGCAAAAUCGAGGCAAACGCACCCGAUGUUAAAAUGCCUCCAAGCUUUCCCACUCGUGUUGACCUUACAUUCCCCCGACAGACAAGGGCCAAUGAAAACGCGAGACUGUUCUGCGGUUGCACCCCACGAACCGUGCUGGUGUGCCUGUGCGGUCAAGCCGCGUUCAUGUACCUUCACGCCGGCCAUAGCAAGCUGCUAACCCCGCAGACUCGCAGGGACCUGCAGCCGCUGUGAGGUAAUUCCGGUUCCGCUGCACCUCCGGCGAAGCUGCCAUAUUAUCGGGGGAGGCUGGAGAGGAGCGGCAGCGAUUCGGCUUCCUGACGGUCUGCGCCGAAACACCAAGAGCUGCUGCUUGCAGGGCGGAGGUCUCCUUGCUUCGUACCCGGCUGGCUGCAGUAGGACGGGAUCCGCUCGCCCUCAAGUGCCCCGAUGGCGAAGAACACUCUGUCGUCGCGGUUCCGGAGGGUAGAUAUCGACGAGUACGAUGAGAAUAAAUUCGUGGACGAGCAGGAGGAAGCGGCCGAGCAACAGGGUCCGGACGAGGCCGAGGUGGACAGCCUCAUCAGGCAAGGGGACAAUAUGGCAGCUUUUCACGCAGCCUUGCGGAAUCCUCCAAUCAACACCAAGAAUCAGGCAGUGAAGGAGCGUGCCCAGGGAAUAGUUCUCAAAGUCCUUACGUCUUUUCGAAGUAGUGAGAUAGAGCAGGCAGUGAAAUCAUUAGACAAGAACACUGUUGACUUAUUAAUGAAGUACAUUUACAAAGGCUUUGAAAAGCCUUCAGACAACAGCAGCUCAAUCUUACUGCAGUGGCAUGAAAAGGCGUUUGCAGUAGGUGGAUUAGGCUCUAUAGUAAGAGUCCUCACGGCACGAAAGACUGUUUAAAAACUCAGACUAUGCUUUGACCCGAGAAGAAGGAAAUGCUAUCAAGAAGAGACGGAUAGAACAGUUCGAUGAGGAAGAAGAUUUAUAUGACAAUAAUGCAUUCUUCUACAAAUGCAAAUUUAUGGAAAUGUUGUAUGAAAAUAAUAUUUGGUGAGAAGGAAAAAAAACUUGUAUGUUGGAAUGAUUUUUAGCUAAUAAGGUUGUGAGGGAAAGUUUAUUGUAUUGCUGUACAUUUUUUUUAAUCAUAUGCAAGAUCUUGCACAUCCUCACAUUCCCUUACCAUUAUUUUUGUUUUUACUUUACAUAACUUAAAUAUGAUGUGACAAUUUUAAGGUUGACAAAACUGACAGGCUGUUUGUAGCCAAUGUUUUACAGUCCUAAUGUGUGCCACAUAAACAGAGCAUAAGAUGAAGUACUGUAUGGGGUGUGGUACAGUGUUUUAUUUGGCAGAUGGCAGUAUUGAGGGUUUUAUUUUAUUUUUUUCUCCCCAUAUUCUCAUUUUACUGGGUUGAUUUCAUUGUGAAGUGCCUGCUGAAAUAAAGCUCUUGGAUCAUCUUUAUUGAA